AUGGCCGCCAUGACCGAGAAGGAAGCUACGGUGGAUCCUUUUUUGGUCGAGGCUCUCCAGAACCCCCGUCAUCGUCUCACCAUUUUGAGGAUGGAGCUAGAUAUACAGAAGUUCUUUCAAAACCCCGAGCAGCUCCAAUUCGAAUUCUCGCCAUUCCCAACAUCAUACCUGCGUCUCGCUGCACAUCGAGUUGCUCAGCACUACGGACUAGUAACCAUGGCUCUAGACACCGGUACCGUUGCAGGAGAUGGAUCCGAGAACAGAAUCUUGGUGACGAAGACAGCCGAGAGUAGGUUUCCUUACGUCUGCUUAUCCGAAAUCCCGGUUAAGCAACCGGAGAACGGUAGACCCGAGGGUGUCAAGAUCGCGAUCAAGGCUAGACCCAAGAGAGGAUCUGGCUGCGACGGUAGCGGAUCAGGAGUGCAGCAGAAUCUUCUGAGAAGUGUUGAGGAGAGGAAAGAAGAGUACGAUAAAGCCAGAGCUCGGAUCUUCAACAGCCCUAGCAGCUCCGACUCUGAAGACUCUUCGUCGCUACGAGCUCCUCCUCCUCCUUUGGAAGGGAAACAAGUAUGUAUAAACCGACACGAGACUGAAGUUGCGGUCGUUAACAACAAUCCUCCUCCUAUGGAUGCUGUGAAUCGGACUUCUCGAGUAGCCAUUAUCAGAGAUAGAGAGAAAGAUCGGUAUGAUCCGGAUUAUGACAGGAGCUACGAUAGGUAUGUCGCCGAUCCUGCUUACAGGUACGUUAGGGUAAUGCCGUCUGGCCAAAGCUUCAGUCCGAUGCCAAUGCACAUUCCGUUUCACGACGGAAUCUUCCCGCCGAUGCCGAGAGGUCAUCAAGUCAAUCUAAACUACGGGCAUCCGCUGCACCCGGCGUUGAGUCCUUUUACUACUAAUCCGGCUGGUUAUACACCGUGGCCAAACACACCGGCUAUGAACUAUGUGCAGUCGUUGAACGGUUCAGACACUAAUCUUUUCAGGCAUCCUUCUGCAAGCAAUCCCUGA